CGAAUCAUGUGAUUCCUUUUUGGGACAUUAGACAUUUGUCUUUGUAUUGGCGACGACGAUGGCGGAAAAACUUACGAGAAUAGCCAUCGUAAGCGAAGACAAAUGUAAACCCAAAAGAUGCCAACAAGAGUGCAAAAAAAGUUGUCCUGUCAAUCGUAUGGGCAAACUUUGUAUCGACGUUACUCCCAAAUCAAAGGUUGCCUAUAUAUCUGAAGAGUUGUGUAUUGGUUGUGGUAUAUGUGUGAAAAAAUGUCCUUUUGACGCUAUUCAAAUAAUCAAUCUACCAAAAAACUUGGAAAAAGACACGGUUCAUCGUUAUGGACCCAACUCUUUCAAACUUCAUCGUCUUCCAACUCCAAGACCAGGACAAGUAUUGGGUCUGGUAGGCACUAACGGCAUCGGCAAAAGUACUGCACUAAAAAUAUUGUCAGCUAAACUGAAACCAAACCUGGGUCGUUGGGAAAAUCCUCCCGAUUGGCAAGAAAUCCUUCAAUAUUUUCGAGGAAGUGAACUGCAAAACUAUUUCGUUAUGAUUCUUGAAGACAACUUGAAGGCCAUCAUCAAACCCCAAUAUGUCGACCAAAUCCCUCGUGCAGUUAGUGGCACUGUUGGAAACUUGUUAGAGAAGAAAAACGACCGCGGUGUAAUGGAUGAAAUAGUGGAAGCGCUUGACUUGAAGUCUAUUUUAGAUCGAGACGUAAAGACUUUAAGUGGUGGUGAACUUCAACGUUUUGCACUUGGAGUUGUUAUUGUACAAAAGUCAGAUGUCUAUAUGGUGGAUGAACCGAGCUCAUUUCUUGAUGUGAAACAAAGGCUGAAAGCAGCACAGACUAUUCGUUCUCUUAUUCAUGUGGGAACAAAGACUUAUGUUAUUGUAGUUGAACACGAUUUGGCCGUAUUGGAUUAUUUAUCGGACUUUAUUUGUUGUUUGUAUGGAGUGCCUGGCGCUUAUGGUGUUGUCACUAUGCCUUUUUCAGUAAGAGAAGGAAUCAAUGUAUUUCUUGCUGGCUUUGUUCCUACGGAAAAUCUACGUUUUAGAGAAACUGCUUUAUCAUUUAAAAUAUCGGAAACUGGAGAUACCGAGUCUUUGGGAGAUAAUGCACCUCGUUUAUAUUCUUAUCCAGCCAUGACGAAGACUUUGGGUAACUUUGUAUUGCAUGUUAUGGCAGGAAGUUUUACAGAUUCAGAAAUUGUGGUUAUGUUGGGUGAAAAUGGAACUGGAAAGACUACUUUUAUUCGUAUGUUGGCAGGAUUAUUGAAACCUGAUUCUGAAGAAACUAUUCCAGAAUUACAUGUUUCUUAUAAACCUCAAAAGAUUUCGCCAUCAUUUGAGGGAACUGUUCGUCAGUUACUUCACGGCAAAAUAAGAGAUUCUUUCAAUCAUCCUCAGUUCUCAACAGAUGUAUUGAAGCCUAUGCAAAUAGAGUCCAUAUUAGAUCAAGAAGUGAAGAAUCUUUCUGGUGGUGAACUUCAAAGGGUUGCAAUAGUUCUUGCUUUAGGAAAACCUGCUGAUAUAUAUCUAAUUGAUGAGCCAAGUGCCUAUUUGGACUCUGAACAACGUAUUGUCACUGCCAAAGUGAUUAAAAGGUUUAUUUUACACUCCAAGAAGACUGCUUUUGUGGUAGAGCAUGACUUUAUUAUGGCAACUUAUUUAGCAGAUCGAGUGCUCGUAUAUGAAGGCACUCCGGCUAGAGAAUGUACUGCAUGUGCUCCUCAAGCCUUGGUCCCUGGAAUGAACAAAUUCCUCAAGAACUUAGAUAUUACUUUUCGAAGAGACCCAACCAAUUAUCGUCCUAGAAUCAACAAAUUGGAAUCGGUAAAAGAUAAAGAGCAAAAGCAAAGUGGCAAUUACUUCUUUGUGGACAAUAAAGAUUGAUUAUACAAAUUCUUUGUGGAUUGAUU